ACACACAGAACUUUUUGGAUUACAAUCUGAAGUCUGUGUAACAUACCCUUCAUAUUUCAUAUUGCUUGAUUUGUCUCACUUUAUGACAUUAAGUGAUUAAAUUGGGAAAUAGAGAAAUACCCUAAGAAUAUAAUUCUUUUCAUGAAAAUUGUAGGAACUCUUUUUCCUUUACAAAGUAGGUAGAAUUAUUUAGUACCUCACGUUACUUGACUUUAAGAUCCUCAGCCCUCAAUGUAUUCACUUAUCAUUAUACCAAGAAUUUUUUAAAAUUAUUUUAUGUAAGAUGGAUCAGUACUUAAAACGCUCACAAUAAUACAGCAUUGUUCAAACAUAUAUCAGGUCCAUUGUAAAUCAGGUUAUAGUAGAAAUAGCUAAAUAUUAUAUAAAUGCUUUCUAUACAUUAAAAGUAUGAGCAUUUUGCCUUUAUUUUCUGUUGUCCCUCAGAGGGGUCCUGAAAGCUCCAAAGAUCACUGUUUACUUCCUUUGCCCUUCAAAGGUCUUGCAUAACAUUGACUAUCCCUUUGACAUAGAAAAAGCCUAGUCUAGGCUUCCUCUGGAGCACACCAACAUUACUUAAUUUGUGGCUAGAGAAUACCUUUUCUUGUAUUCACCUGGAAUUUUAGUGGAGAUAUUUCUAGAACAUAAACUUCAGAUACUAUUCAUGUCAAUGUACUACAUCAGAUUCAUUAAGACCUCUGGACCACCAGAUCUCAAACUUGGCUCAAGACUUGCACGGUUAUUUCAUAUCUAGUUGCAAAUAAGUUUCAUGUUGGGUUUUGGCUUCAGUUUUUUCUUUUUUUUUCUUUUUUCUUUUGUUCAGAUUAACCCAUUCAGAGUUCUGGGCACAUAUAUAUAAAUGUUACCAAUAAAAACAAUACAUAUACUGGUUGGAGUGACAUCCAAACUAAAUCUUUCUGAAUCUCUCCCACAAUUCCCUUCCACUCUAUUAUAACAACAUUGAUCGUUAGUCUUUUUAAAAAAAAGUAAAUAGGGAGCCUGAAUAGAGGGAAAUAAGGAGCAAUAUAUUGAUCUUAAAACUCACCUCUUGAAACUAAAGAGAAAAUAAUUUGUGUACUUGAUUAGAAACCUUUUGAGAAAUUGUUACUCAGUGUACAAAGCUGGUGAAAUACUUUGUCAUCAAAUGGAAUUAGAAAGAGUAACUGAAAAAUUUCAAUUCAGUGUCCUGAAAUUACCUGCACUGUUUGCAUCUUGAUGGUGCAUCAUUGCAAAAUAUUACAUAAGAACAGCCAUACUGGUCAGUAUACUGUCUUUCGGCAGUGGCUAAAUGCCAGGUGCUUCUGAGGGAAUGAACAGAAUAGGCAAUCGUCAAGUGAUCCAUCCCAUGUUGCCCAUUCCCAGCUUCUGGCAAACAGCGGCUAGGGACACCAUCCCUACCUACCCUGGCUAAUAGCCAUUGAUGGGUCUAUCCUCCAUGAAUUUAUUUAGUUCUUUUUUUGAACCCAGUUAUAGUCUUGGCCUUCACAACAUCCUCUGGCAAAGAGUUCCACAGGUUGACUGUGCGUUGUGUGAAGAAAUACUUCCUUUUGUUUGUUUUUUUAAACGUGCUGCCUAUUAAUUUCAUUUGGUGACCCCUAGUUCUUGUGUUAUGUGUUGAUGCCACACUUCAGUGCAAACUUCUUGUAUAGAAUCAGGACGUUGUGCAUGCUUUCUGAAUGGCCAUUUAGUGCUACCCUCCCCUAUUCCUGUCUGAAGAGAGAGACAAGAAUCUUUGUUCUUCAGUCUAUUUGUUUAGUUCUUCUGUUUAGGGACAGAACUCCUGAGAUCAGAGCUACAUUCAGUCUGUUGAAGAUCAGAGCAAGAAGAAUUCUAAUCAAACCUAUGACUAUGGGGCUGUGUGUCUGUAGAGCUACAGAUUGGGAGCUGGCACUGAACAUUACACUUGCUUGUAUUUUAUCUUGUUUUUUGUCAACUUAUGAUAAACUCUAACAGAUUUUUUUUUCUGUAAUCAUUCUGCAAAUCUGAAUUUUCUCAUGGUGUAUAUAAAUAGGACAAUACUCUGAAUAUUGCUUUCAUGACAGUCUCAUUCUGGCUGCAUAGCUGGUAGCAAGAUACUUGUGUUGCUCUUUGAUACAUCUCCACUUUUACAGAACUUGAUAUGAUUGGGGAUUCUGCCAGUUCUAUGACACUGUUUCUAUAAUAAACUCACCUUCCAAUGUGCAUAAAACAUAAAUACAGUCUCCUUUAAAUAUUUUAUAAAAGGUCACAGAUCAGUUAUUAUUUUUCCCUCUAAAUACCAGUUUUGAAAUAUAAUUUUACUGUUACAACAAUAUGUUCUGGAGGAUGGGAAAAAUAAUGGGUGGUUUUAAGUAGUUCUGUUACUGAUUAAUACACAAACUUUAGGAAUUAAAAAAAAAUAAAACUUGUCAAGCCAUUAGUCCAUAGUAUGAUUUAAUUGCAGUUCACAUUUUAGGAAAGAUAUAGAUAGUAGCCAAAGGACUUUGUUCUGUUAUUAAUCUUGUAUAAAUAGAUAAUAAUCUGUACAGUACCAUAUGUAUUCAUAGUGCUCUAAAGACAAGUAAAAGACAUGACCCUGCCCUGAGAAACGUGCAGUCUAAAAUUAAGUCUGUGAAGCUAAUGAAGAAACAUGUAUAUUAAUAAGGCUACUUCAUCUGCUUGUGUGUAACUAUCCAAGUACUUGCAUGGUGUGACUAUUUUACUGUGUAUCUUGUGUGACUUUGAUUAGAAUUUUUUUUUUUGUAAAAGGAUAUCUUUUGUGGUGCAUAUAUCUGUGGGAGUACAAAAUUAAGAGAUUGUUUCCAUGCUAAUUUAAUAGUGUUAAUAAUGAGAAGAUCUUUACUGCAUAAUAUUUAAUGCUAAUAAAUCAUAAUUUUUUCUGUUCUUUAACUGGCCUUUAAAGUAGGAGAGAAACCACUGUGCUUUAAAAUCCUUGACAUUCAGACCUCCUACUGGCAGCACCAAAGGUGACAUCCACUUCCAAUAAUACUGUAGCUGCCAACAGGAGGUUUAAAAUUUGUUUUAGUUAACUUAAUUAUAAAUACAAUUUACAUUUUCUAAAUAGCAAAAAGUGCUUCUCACCAAUAUGCUUUCAAGAGGAGCAAAAGGAGUGUAGGUUUUUAUUGCAGGAGUGUGAUAAGUAGUUGAUUUUAAUAUACCAUGUGCUACAAUAUUUAUGUACACUGGAACAGGAGGAGACUACAGUAUCAAUCUAAAUUUCUUUUGUAUUGAUUUUGGACCCUAUUCCUCUUCCUGUUGAAGUUAUUGACUUCACGGGGAGUAAGGUUGGGUGUUUGGGUAGUACCCUUCAUGCAUUUGAAGCAGUAGUUUGUGGGUGGCAGAGAACUUUUAUCUUUCUGCCCAAACAAAACUGUUUUUUGGGUUUUUAAGUUCUCUGAUGCCAUCAGUUGCAGGCCCUUAUUUUCAGGCUGAAUUGAUUUAAGUUUUUGGGGAUCUUUGAAAGAUGCUUGGUAUGUUUUAUAAAAAAGACAUUGGAGAUGGCCUAUAACUACUGCAUGAAGCAUUGGUGUAAAUAAGGGCAGAAUUUGGUCCUCAAAACUUAUUUUUGAAACUUUAAACAAAUAUAAGAUUCCUGCAUUAUUUUGGGCUGGAGUAAAUAAAUCUCUAUAUUUGUUAUCUUUUUUUAAAAAAAAAAAAUGCAAAGCAGCAUCAUGUUUUAAGUUGCCAAAUCAUGCAUAAACAAAGUAAUCAAGAAUAGAGAAUAUUAGCUUUUUAAUCCUGCUAUUCUUUCUUUGCUAUGUUGUGCACCCUUUUAAAAAGAAGUUAGCUUUCAAGUUUGCUAAAUUAGUUUUUUGUAUGUCCACUGGUGUAGCCAUUUGAUUAACCUUCUCAUUCCAAAUGAUAGAGACAACUACCAAGAGUUCUCGUACCCUUUUUUCCUUACUUGCUAGUUCCUCCUGUUGACUGAACUGACACCUCAAUCUUGUCUACUGCCUCUGCUUAGAAAAAGGGAGCUUCCUCGUCUGCUCCUCUGAGAGCACAAGUUCUGGAUUCUUUUUUUUAACCUCUUCCCUCACUUUCAUCCUAACUGAAAGGAAAUUUACCUCCUAAGUAGAAGUGAGGGCAUUUUGGGGAAUUACCUUAGCAGCAGAGGUCUGCCCAAGUGCUUCUUCCUGCUGCAGUUAGAAGUGGCUUCAGGGGACUUCAAAGAGGCAUAUCUUGUGCUCAGCAAUGCCCAGUGCAGAAGUGACCUUGAGGCCACUUCUGUUUUCCAGGCUUAUUGGGAACUAUUUAGGAAAAAUUCUACAAGAUCCAGUUUUUAAUAGACCAGCUCCUGAACCCACAGCAAUGUGUCCGCAGCCUAAUUUCUGCAACUGAUUUGAUAAAGUGGUCUUGUAUGUGGAUAAGACUCCUUGGAGAAUGUUACAUUUCCAACCUUUUUUCAGAAUUUUUUCAUUAGAAGCUGGAAUUUCCAGGCUCUGGAAGUGUCGUAUGCACUUCCUCAGUAACACAUUCCCUUUAUUGAUAGAAAUCCAAAUGCAACAUUCUCAUCACCAGUCUGAAUCAUGAACACCAUUUGGAGUGUGGAAUCAAGAUAGACUCAUUUCUGGGUCAUUGCAAGUAGACCUUCCUGGAAGGUUGCAGCAUGAUCAAUUUUUUGGAAUUUUAGUGUAGGAAACUCCGUCAAUAUGCUGCUCCUCUGGAUUCCUCAACAUUUAUGUCUUUUCACAUAAGAGGAAACAACUAUGGUCCCAUAAUCACCAGAAUGGGGUGAACAGCAUACUCCCUAAAUCUGUAAGCCAGCAAACUUCUUCUCAAUCACAGCCACUUAUGUUCAGUGCAAAAUACCUGCAAGCAGCAGGAAAUAGGGAGCACAAUCAGAAAAAUCUCUGGUCAGGUAACAUCUACAUGGUACUAUGCAGAAGCAGAAUUAUUUGCAGUGCUCAGCUUGAUAUGGCAGUCCUAAGAUUUGCUCUUAAUAUUUCAUCUUCAAAGAUGGAAGACUGGCAUGCUCUUAUUUUGUGGAAGAAGUAUUUGUGGGAGAAGAGAUGCAUUUCCUUAUUUCUCUUGAUAAUAAAUGUACCCCCAACCCCUCGACCCACUCAGAAAAAAAUCUGUCAUGACACGGAAGCAGUUGUACUAUACUUUUCACAUUCUACAGUCUGUGAAAACCCUGGUUCCCUAGAUUGGUAUUGAUUUUAAAUAGCUCUAUCUGGUUUCUUCUGGGCUUAAGGACCUAUUUAAUUAAGGACCAUUGACUGAGCCUGGUCUAUUUUAAGAACAAAUCUACAACAGCUAUUUCUGAUAUUUAGUUUUACUUCUAGAUUAAAAUCUAGAAGAACAUCUAUCACUUGUGCCUAUGCAAGUAUCUGGACAGCUUGGCUUUUUGCAAAGGCAUCUAUUUCCUUCUUUGGUCUAAGACUGUAAGGAUUAGGAUUUCUCUUGGGUGGUUUUAAUAUAUGCAUUGUAUAUUAGCUUGGGUUUGGGAUUUUUUUGUAAAGACUAAAAAAGCUAGGUCAUAGUUUUCUGAGAAGUUAUUUUGGCAGUCUUUUUCAAGUUGACCACUAAUUGUCUGUUAAGUGGCUGGUUAUCUGUUGUAUUCUUCCUAUAUUGUUGGAACAUAUUGAUUGCUGGCUACUUUCUAGAAGUAUAGAGCCAGAGCAGUGGUUUCUAUAUACAAAAAACGUAAAAUCAUUGUUUGUGUCAUAGCUCCCAGAGACCCCGCUUAGCUCAAGCUCCUGUUGUGCAUGGUACUGUGCAAACAUAGUACCAGCUUGACCAAAGAUGGCAGUAAUGAAAAUAUUGAUUCCCUUGAGGAAGUCCUUAAUAUUUUAGCAGAGGAAAGUUCUGAUUGGUUUUAUGGCUUCCUCUCAUUUCUCUAUGAUGUAAUGACUCCUUUUGAAAUACUAGAAGAAGAAGAGAGCGAAGCUGCAGAUGAUGUUGAUGGAGAGGAGCCAGGAGGGGUAGACAAGAGAAAAGCUAAGGCCAAAGUAAAAGAAGCAAUUAAAGAACCACUCAAGAAAAUAAGAGAGAGAGAAGCAUCCCGGAAGAAGGAAAACAAAGUUGUAGAAGAGAAAAAGAAGGCCAUGGAAGGAAAAGUUGCUGACCGAAAGGUUAAGAAAGUUGUUGAGAUGGCUAAAUUGAAGAAAGAUUCUGACAAGGUUAAAAAAGACACAGGCAAGGAAAAUGAAAAAUCAGGAAUACACAAAAAUGUGAAACACAAGGAGACUAUGAAGAAAUCAGCUGCUGCAAAGGAGGUUACCCCUUCUCAAGCAGUGAAAGACACAGUAACUAAAAAGAUAGCUAAAAUCCCUUCUGGACUUGCUGAAAAUUCAGCAAAGGAAGAUGAGAAGAAAAAACAGAAAUAGGAGUUUGAUGGUGAGAAAAAUUCAGUGUAUUGAUAACAUAAUUUAGUGUAUUAGUAACAAUUUUUCUGAAAGUCAUUAGUGUGAGUGACGGUUAUGCGGAUUGCUUAUGUGUGUACUUGCAUUUGUAAACACACAACAAAUAUAUCUGCUGUGGAGCUAAAAUGUGUACAUAAUGUAUUUGAUCACAAGUCCUGUACAUUAAAAAUUGUUGGUAUAGCUUUGAAAUCUGACUUUUUUCUUUUUACAUAAAAUAUCAAACCAACCUAACCCUUUAAAUAUAUGUUUCUUGCUUUGUAUUAAAGUUACAUUUUUCUUGAAGAGUGUAAAAACAUUGUGGAUCAUAUGUAGAAGUUUAUUAAAGUAUUCUUUAGAGGUUAACCUGGACAUUACCUAAGUGUUGAAAAUUCCUGUUGUAAGAAACUAAUUCUCAUUUCAUUAGAAGACAUGCAAACUAGAAAUAGUGUCAAACACGUUUGUCAGAGUCUGAUGCUUUUAUUGAGUGCUGUAAUGUUUUUCAGUGGUCCUGUGACCGUUUGCUUUGUAUUGCUAUUACUAUGCUAAAUUACUGUUGUGUUGGCUUCAUCUGUUGUCUGAAACCUUUCUUAGUUCACUAUGGGCAAGAUUUUCAAAAGUAUUCAGCGGCCAAAAUUGGGGGCAGAUUUUCAAAAGUGCUCAGAAGCCAGCAGCUCCCUUCUCAAUGGAAGCUUCUGGGCGCUUACUGCUUUUGAAAAUCUAGCCACUUACAGAGAUGUUGCUUGUUGAUCAAAUUUCAGGAAGCUAACAUUAUACCAUUAUAUGUAUUUUGGCUGGACUGGAUUAGAGAACAGACUUGUGUAUUGCAGCCACUCAUAGAAUAGCUUAUUCCUACAAUAAUUCUAAAUGUUCUUCUUCUGUACGUUAGCUCAUUUUUUGGAUUGGCAUUUCAUUG